AUGCUCCAUGUUCACCACAGACAAGCAUUGACUUCCGAAGGCACCCUUUUUCUAUUUGCUCCUAAAGCGGUCCAUGGGCCAAGUGGAUCAGGCCGGUCAUCACUUUGCCGAACGGCAGGAUCCUUAUUAUCGAAGACUACAGGCCUGUUUGUUUUAAUGGUGCGGUGCAAGCUCCUCGCAGCUGAGGCUGUACGGUUUCCCAUCAUCAAGGAUUUACUUGUUACUAUCGGGAUGGCCUGUACACUCCACGCCCCUGCACUCCUAAUCCUCGAUGAUCUGCUUCUCUGGAGCGAGUCGAAGUUCUCCGGCACUUGCUACGACUACAACUACAACGCCACCAUCGAUGUCAAGCAGAAGAGAUCACAAAGGGCCGCCUCUCGUAUAUGGACCAACUUGACGCUGCAGAAUGUUGGAGGUCUGGACAAGGUGAAAGAAGAUCUUAUUGACAUGCUCAAGAUGGAGACCACCUACGGGCUUGUGUUACGACGAGCAGGGGUGUCAAUUCAUCGUGGCGUUCUCCUGAUCGGCCCUCCCGGCUGCGGCAAAACUUUGGUAGCCAAGGCUGUUGUAGGUGACCAAGAAAUGCGAUGCUUGGAGGUGAAAGGGCCAGAGCUGCUUAGUAAAUAUAUAGGUUCAAGCGAGGCAGCAGUUCGAAAAGUGUUCACCAAGGCUCAACAGGCAAGGCCAUGCAUUGUCCUCUUUGAUGAGAUAGAUGCUCUGGCGACCAGACGUGGCGGUGAUAGCUCUGGUGUGACUGACCGCGUCGUGAACCAGCUUCUCUGCUACCUGGAUGGAAUCGAAGAUCGGCAGGACGUCUACGUGAUAGCCACUACUUCCCGCCCCGAUCUCGUCGACCCCGCUUUGCUCCGCACAGGCCGCCUGGAGAAGGUAUGUUAUUGUGGAUUGCCCACGACAACGACUCAGCGGCUGGAAAUUCUAAAGGUUUGCACGAACACAACCACGUUGGUUGAUGGCGUUUCCCUAGAAUCCCUUGAGCAAGCCAUGCCGUGGGAGUUCUCGGCAGCAGACAUUCAUGCUGCUGUGAAGUCCGCACAGCUCCUGGCUGUUCAUGAGCUGCUUGGCACGACACUCAGGCCUCCUGCCUCCAUUGACGGAAUGCAGGAGGCUCUGAGGACGUCGAAUCGCGAGGAAAGGAAGAAGGAUGAAAUCAGCAACGGCGCAGAAAUGAGGGUGGAAUUGUUGACUGAAGAGUCGGAAUCCCCCGCAAGCUUCGAGGGAAGGCAGGUAGCGCUGCAGCAGGAUCCGUCCUCAAGAAGGGUAUUCGUUAGUCAGCGUCACUUGCUGGCAGCUAUCGCUGCCACAAAACCCUCGAUGACUCCCGGGGAGAUUCGUCGUUAUCACCGCCUCUACGCGCCGUUCCUGGCUCCAUCCUACAUUGAAGAUAUCCGCGCCUUUGAGUCUAAACUAUCGGAGUCUACAACUCAUUGCUAUUCCUCCUUUCCGACUACGACGGCUGACAAGCGCCCGUCGCCAUCAUCCGGGGAGGCAGGGCAAUCGACUUUAGCAAGCAGGAGCGUUAGGCACCCUCUGGGGACAAGAGCGUUUACCCGGCGGACUCUAUCUCUACCUUCACACACUCGAAGCACCCCCGCCAUCUCGAUGUCUGCAAGCGUUCUACGGUCGUGUUCUGUCGAUCUGACUAGAAGCAAUUCUACAGGUUCGUUCAGUCGAUGGUCUUCCACGCGCACAUCAGGCUCGUGCCUGCCACUCUUGUCUGCAGGCACUGUGGAAUUGGUACCCCCAUGUGAUUCCGCCACUAUCGAGGCCAAAGUUUCUUCCCAAGGGCCUUCUGACGUGCUGUUUGAAGCCGUAGCAGAUUGGGGCCCUGGUAACACGGCUUCCCUCACUCACCGGUAUUUGGAAAAAAGUAGUCGCGACAGAAGAAGUGGCAAUAUGGCAGAACGACACUUGAACAACGCACGGGUAGGAAACGUUAGUGCCCGGUUACCUCAAUCUCUAGUCGAAAAACACAGGUGUGAGAAUAUGUCUAGUAGGAGCGAAAUCAGUAGCAGCAGCCCGAAAAGUGAGGACAGCCAAAAUGGCGACUCGCGGAGUCAGCAGAGGUUAAGGACUGCCUCAAGGGCCGGAUGCGCUGACACUGCUGCUCUGAUGCGAAAGAGUGGGACGCCCGCUUUGAGGAGUACAUGUGGCCCUUAUGUUAAAAUAGUCCACGGCCAGCCUGUAGAAACCAGAGAAUACCGUUGUCAUUCGACAGAGGUGCCGCCAGCGAGAAGGAAGAAAAACCAGAGGAAGAGACGGCACCAGUGUCACAGCGCGGGGCUCCCGAGAGUGGCGCUAGCUUAG